GUUGAGGUGCAUUGGGGGUUAGAGAAGAGAGAUCAUGCAGUGGAAUUGGAUGAGGAAUUUGUUGUUGGUGUUGUCGCUGCUGCUGCUGUUGCAGGUGAACGAGUCUGUGGAGUCCAGAAGCAGAAGCAGCAGCAGAAGAAGAAGGGCUCAUCACGUGCAGCUGCAACGUCAUGAUCAUGAUCAUCAUGAGAAAUCCCUCAGCAGUCUGCAGUUUGAGAUGUUGGCGCUCCGAACGAAGCUGAAGCUGAAAUCCUCCCCAGGAAUCCAAGGUCAGGGAUUCAAGGUGGGAACUAGUACGCCGAGUGUGUCUCUUGGCAAUGCCUAUAAUACGGAAUACUUUGGAACGAUUCAAAUCGGAAGCAAGCAAACAUUCAGGAUACUCUUCGACACGGCCUCAUCGAAUCUUUGGAUACCUUCGAUCCAAUGUCCGGCUGAUAAUUGCACCAGAAUGCAGCGCUUUGACUCGAGCCAGUCGAGCAGUUUUGUGGCCAAUGGAACAGCCUUUGAGAUUCAGUAUGCCACAAGGAACAAUCAGCCAACGAUCCUGAAGGGAUUCCUCUCGACGGACGACGUUGAAAUAGCUGGACUAAAGAUCAAGAGGCAGACAUUUGCAGAGAUCACCUCAUUGCCACCGGGUGUCUUCAAUCGUGCCAACUUUGAUGGCAUCCUUGGACUGGGAUUCCCGAAUAUUGCCAUUGGAGAUGUGACGCCUCCCUUCUACAAGCUCAUUGAACAGGAUCUCAUCACACAGCCAACCUUCUCCCUUUAUCUCAAUCGCAAUAAUUCGGGAGUUAUGGACUCAAGUGGCGGUAAACUGUUGCUGGGACCAAGUGAUCCGACUCUCUACAGUGGCUGCCUGACUUAUGUGCCACUCUCCAAGGUCGGCUACUGGCAAUUCACCACCACGAGCAUCGUCCUUGGCCAGGAGAACACUUUGUGCUCCAACUGUGAGUCAAUCAUUGAUGUGGGCACCUCUCUGAUUGUGGCACCUCAUGCUGUCCUCAUGAAAAUCAAUUCCCUGCUUGGCAUUACCGAGGCGGAUAAGCGAGAUGGCGUCUAUACCUUGUCCUGCUCCAGGUUGAAGAGCCUGCCCAACUUGACAUUCAACAUUGGACGCAACGACUUCGUGUUGACCCCCUCCGAUUAUGUGGUCCAGUUUAAGACAACCUGUGUCUCCGGCUUUACCAGCUUGGAUGAUGGCAGCUCCGAGAUGACCGACGCCAGCGGCAACGACUACAGUAGUCUUUGGAUAUUUGGUGACGUAUUCAUCGGAACUUUCUACAUUGAGUUCGACGUGGGCUACAAACGCGUUGGCAUUGCACCCAAAAUUUAGACCGAUUCAACUCAUUAGUCAAUUUUAUCAGCCAGAGAUUUCAAGUAAACUCUAGAUACAGUCAAACUUCGAUAAAAUUAAAUGUCAUUAAACACUAUUUUAAAAUAAAUUUAUUUCAAUAAUU